GCAAUGUGGCAUCUCCAACGAAUGAAGGGGAGAGCUCCACCUGCAAUUACAGAUAUUCGAUGAUUUUACCUGUCAACCUGCUUAGAUUCCCUUUAGACUGGAGUGCUCCUCAGUUCUUUCUGCGACUAGGGAAGGUCGUACGUACUGGUUAUACUCUUCCCCAAUCAAUCAUUUUCAUAAUCAAUCCUUCAAUCAUCUGAUUACUGGGGAAUUGCAGUUUUGCAGUUCUGUAAUCUCUCUUUUACCUCUCCCCCCCAUCUUCCUGUAUUCUCCAGGAUGGCUAUGGCUUCCAUUUGCCAGGUUCAGAGCUCCCCUCUGAGUGAAGCGCAGGAGUGUCUGCUGCAGGUGGUGGACGGAGAAGAAGAGGCCGCGGCGAACAACGGAUUGAAGUUUCAGAUUCGUGAUCUGAGGAAAGUGUCGGACGCGGGCGUUCCUAUCCUGAAUGGAAUUAAUGUGGAUAUUCCCAAGGGUAUGGUUGUGGGGAUUAUUGGGCCCAGUGGGAGUGGUAAGUCUACGGUGCUUCGCGCGCUUAAUCGCCUCUGGGAGCCGCCACGGGGGACCGUGUUUUUGCAUGGCCGGGAUAUUCUUGAUCUCGAUGUUCUCAGCCUUCGCCGGAAAGUCGGCAUGCUCUUCCAGCUUCCCGCUAUAUUUGAAGGCACAGUUGCAGAUAAUAUCCGAUAUGGACCGCAGCUCAGAGGACAGAAAUUGUCAGAUAAAGAGGUUUACAGGCUGUUGACUCUUGCAGACCUUGAUUCCUCCUUCUACAACAAGACUGGCAAUGAGUUAUCAGUGGGUCAAGCUCAGAGAGUUGCUCUGGCUAGAACCCUAGCUAAUGAACCAGAGGUUUUGCUGCUGGAUGAGCCAACUAGUGCUUUGGAUCCCAUAUCGACACAGAACAUAGAAGAUUGCAUAGUGAAGCUGAAGAAACAGAAGGGGAUGACAGUAGUGAUGGUUUCUCACAGCAUCAAGCAAAUCCAGAGGAUUGCAGAUGUUGUUUGCCUUCUGGUGAAUGGUGAGAUUGUUGAAAUCUUAAAGCCUGAUUUGCUCUCUGAAGCUAAGCAUCCCAUGGCACUUAAGUUUCUUGAGUUGAGUUCUUAGAUCACACUUUCUGUUGUGUGUAAUACGCAUAAUACAUCUUUUUCUCUAUGUUGUGAGACCUGCAUCCACUGGUCUUUUUAUCUAGAAAACAAUGGAAAUUUAAGCACUUAUAGAAAAUCAAGUAGACCGUAGUAUAGACCCAUUUUCGUUCUCAAUUCAGUUUUUUGUUUUGCAUUCUUGGUUUAUGUAUACACUAAGAUCUGUGAGGAGAGACUUCAUAAGACAUGUACAUUC